CGAGAUACGAUGCAUCGUGUACCGCGAGAGACCGGGUGUACAACGAGUCGCGCGGCGCACGUUGGCGAGCCCAAGGUGCUCGUCGAGCUGGCCAGUGACUGUUUGUUUGUCUUACGCCCGCUAUCACCGAGAGUCGAUUGUUUCGGCCUAGAUCCGACGUGCACGCUCGCGCUGCACCAGGAGCUCCCGCGUUCACUCGGUGUUCCCCGACGACUCCGUGACGAUGCAAAAGCGAUUCUCUUCGAUCGAGUACACUGACAUGAUAAUCACGUACGGCAUGGCGGGAGAAAACGCUCACGCCGCGGCUCGCAUGUACGCGGAGCGAUUCCCCGGACGAGAGCGAUACCCGACGCGAUAUGUGAUCGUGAGCUGCGUGCAGCGCGCGAGGGACACUGGAUACGUCGUGCCACCUCGGGCCUACGGACUACGUAGUCGCGUUAAGGAGGAGAAUAUGGCACCUGAUGAGAACCCCGGGGCUAGAGCGAGCCCCACGGCAGAUUUGUACGAUCCGUCGCGGUGCGCGGUGCGCUGCACCUCGCCCGGGAACGGUCUGCACCCUCAGCAACAUCUAGACCCUCAUCAGCAGCUUCUCGCGGCAGAUCUGGGAGAGCGCGUCCAAUUUUGCGAAGGGUUCCUCGCGCAGUGCCGGAGGGACUUGUCGUUCCCCGAUUACAUCCUGUGGACGGACGAAGUUACUUUCACGCCGAACGGCGUGUUUAAUUCCCGUAAUUUUUUAUACUGGCGAGGAGAAAAUCCGCACAUCGUUCAUGACGGCACAUUCCAGUAUCGUUGGUCGAUUAACGUGUGGGCGGGAAUAGUUGCGAACCGAGUGAUCGGCCCGUGCUUUUUCCCGUCACAUCUUAAUGGGAAGGUAUACGCGGACUUCAUUGAAAAUCAGCUGCCAGUGCUGCUCGCAGACGUCCCUCUUUGUAUACGGGCGAGGCUGAUUUUUCAACAUGACGGGAGCCCGGUGCACUUUUGCCGUGAAGUACGCGAUAUCUUGAACGCGCGUUAUCCAGAAAGGUGGAUGGCUCAAGGUGGUCCGAUCUCUUGGCCAGCGUGCUCGCCGGACCUUAGCGUGCAUGAUUUUAUAUGGGGCUAUGUGAAAAAUUUAAUUGAACACCGGCGUGACGAUAAGGAACAUGAGAUGCGUCAAGCAAUUCUCGCGGCCUUCGACAGCAUUACGCCGGAAAUGGCGCAUUUCGCGACGCGUAAUAUCAUCCGAAGAGCCGAAUUCUGCAUAGAGAAGGGAGGACAGCGCAUUGAACGUGUUUUGCGUUGAAUAAUGAGAGUGGACUAAGUAUUAAAAAACGCUAUUAAAAAAAAACGCGCUAUCUACCUCAAGAUGAUAUGGGAAUGAAAUAGUUUUAUAUCAUUUUCAUAUCAUAACGCUUCAAAAAGAAAAAUUUUAAAACGAGACAAUUAUUUCUCGGCGCGUGGUCCAGUGUUCCUCCGCUUCCUAUCUACAUAUAUCUAUAUGUAGAUAUAUACAUUUGACUUCUUAUUCUGAAGUCUCUUUUAUCGACAAAAAUCCAAAAGCCAAUUAGAAGAUUUAUAAUUCGAACAUUUAGAGACACUUAUCGGUUAAAAAGAGUUCAGAAUAAGAGCUCUAAUUUUAAUAUAUGUAGUUUUAUUUCCUUUUUCAAUAUA